AUGUCAAACCCUCACAGCUCAUUUUCACUGCGAUCUUUCCUUGAGAAGGACAAGCUGAAUGGAUCAAACUUCCUCGAAUGGAAUCGAAAUCUGAGAAUUGUUCUCAAACAGGAGAAAAAGGAAUACGUCUUGGAGAAGAGUCUUCCUCCUGAAAAACCUAAGUCCAAUGCUUCACAUGCAGAGAGGAUUACUUAUGAGAAGCAUGCCAGUGAUAUGGUCGAUGUGUGUUGUCUCAUGUUGGCUACCAUGAACUCAGACUUGCAGAAGCAAUAUGAGAACGUGGAAUCGCCAAUUGACAUGAUCACCAGCCUGAAAGGAAUGUUUCAGGAGCAAGGAAUGGUUAAAGCUCUCAUUGACUGCAAGCUGCCAACAGACAGUCCAGUUAGCCCACAUGUCAUUAAGAUGAAAGGUUAUAUUGAUAACUUGGCAAAAUUGGACUGUCCUAUCAGCCAAGAUUUGGCCAUUGACCUCAUCCUUAAGUCAUUGUCGUCAAGUUAUGAUCAGUUUGUUAUGAACUACAACAUGCAUAAUUUGACAAAGACUCUGACUGAGCUGCAUGGAAUGCUCAGAUCUGCUGAAUCAAACAUCAAGAAGGGCACCCCUCACGUCCUUAUGGAAAUGGGUAAGACAAGCCGGAUUGAGAAUCCAAGCAAGUCAGACCCUGCUCCUAAGAUCAAGCCUGGUCCUUCUGGUGAAGAUAAAUGCCAUUAUUGUAAUGGUUCUGGACAUUGUAAGGGAAAUUUCAAGAAAUACUUGGAAGAUCUGAAAAAGAAGAAGAAGACUCAAAAGUCUUCUUCUCCAGGUAUUUAUGUUAUAGAAGUAAAUGUUGCUACUUCUAGUUCUACCUCUUGGGGCCUAAGCAACAGUAGAGCUCUGGAGAAAGGACAAGUGUACCUGUGA